CAGCGUUUGUUCGCGAGGAACACGCCUCAUGUAUUCUAAUUGUUGGAGACUGGAUGCAGAUGCUGACGCUGAGGCUGCUUUUGCUGAAUUUCGGAGGGUAUUGUUCCAUUCUUCUUCUGUCCCACUUCUUAGCAAAGGGAUCGGCGAGGGUCCAAGUUGUUGGGUGGAUUUGCGUUGCGCUCUCCGUUGCAGUCUUUGCUGCUCCUCUAAGCGUCAUUAGAAUGGUGAUACGCACCAAGAGCGUGGAGUUCAUGCCCUUCUCUUUAUCAUUGUUCCUCAUGCUCAGCGCUGUGACAUGGCUCUUAUAUGGCCUAUUCCUCAAGGACUUGUAUGUCGCGUGUCCAAACGUGUUAGGAGUCACCUUUGGAGUGCUUCAGAUGGCACUGCAUGCCAUAUACAGGAAGGGGAAUACUAUUGUGAUGGAGGAGGAGAAUAAUGAUGCCAGUGUUGGGAAGCAGAGCUCUGAUAUACAAAGUUGCAAUGGGCAUGCCAUUGCCUCCCACAUCGAUACCAACGUCUUUGACGAGGACAAAGAGAAGUGCGAGAGAAGCUUCAUCAUCUUUAUUGAAGCUCCUGAUAAAGGACCAGUGGCCCCUCCAUCUGAAGUUUGACAGGCGUCUGAGUUACUCAUAUGCCUGAUCAGGCUCUCUUUUUUUUUCCCAGCAGCUAGCCAGCAGCUCCUACCUAGCUUGUUCGUUGCUUCUGCUAUGUAAUAUGUAAAUGGAAGAGUCCGUGGGCGUGUGGGUGCUUGUGGGGGUGGAGUCUUGUUUGUGAAUGUU